UGGUUAGCAUCGGGGAUCUUGAACCAGAGGGGUUCCGUGUGAAGAGAAGGGCUCUUCUGUGCGUGUGCUUGCCGUGUGUGUGUGUGUGUGUGUGAGAGUGUGUGCGUUUUCUCGAUCUAUGCAUGCGAGCGAGUGAGCUUGUGUGUGACGACGCUGUCCUCGUUCUGCACCGACCGGACCCUCUCUCGCUCAUCUCAUCAUGCAGCCGACUGUGCUCAUCUCACCGCUGUGACGACUGAGUGUCUAGACCAGGCUCUGGAGACUGAGAGAGACAGGCAGAGAGACCGACACACAGAUAGACAGGUGGACAGACAGAUGGACUGUUGGUGGCGUGUGAUGCUUUGAUUCCUAGUGGAAUAGAAGGGGCUCCUCUGCAUGGGACACUGUUGUAAGCCCUCAUUAAGUUAACGAAUUGGAGACAGACAAACAGACAGACAGACAGACAGACAGACAGACAGACAGACAGACAGACAGACAGACAGACAGACAGACAGACAGACAGACAGACAGACAGACAGACAGACAGACAGACAGACAGACAGACAGACAGACAGACAGACAGACAGCUCUCCGGUCGACUCGAAGGACCACCUCUCUUUCUGGGGUUUGGGAUGACCUGCUUCUGGGUGGACUAGGAGAAAGGUCUCCUCUAUUUCUUCCCCUCUCUCCCUCCUCUCCUGUCUUUCACGAGAGAGCGCUCAGUGAGGAUCUGAUCCUGGAGUGUAGAGAGAGACAGAGGGCCUGACGGGACGCGAGGCAGCAUGGCUCGUCUCAACUGGUGCCUGGCCGCUGUCAUCAGCUGGGGCAAGUUCCUCUUUUCCUGCUUCUUCCCCCUACGGGGGGCCAAGAAAGACAAGCCUGAGGAGUUGGAGAGUGUCCACACACACAAUUUCAAGCUCAAGCCCUUCAAGAAAGUCAAGAGCUGUGAUGUAUGUCAACAGGCCAUCACCAAGGAUGGGCUCAUCUGUAAAGUGUGCAAGCUGGGUAUCCAUAAGAAGUGUGAGGUGAAGGUCCUUGCAGAUGCAUGUGUGGCACCUACCGGAUCACCUACCAAGCCGCCGUCCACUGAUCCUCCUUGGAGGUCAGUUGCUUCACUUAAUUCACGGCCGGCGACUCCUCAGCUGCCGUUGAAGCAUGUAGAAACUCCGGGAACCCCAAGGUCCUGUAAGAGUGAGCAGACUAGACGAAGGCCAUCACGGAGUAUCAGUCUGCUGCAGGCCAUGGAUGAGAACUAUGAGGUGGACCUGGUGUACAUCACCGAGAGGAUCAUCUCUGUCUCCUUCCCCAGCGGAGCAGAGGAGCGCAGCUACACCUCCAACAUCAAGGAGGUGGCCUCCAUGCUGGCCUCCAAACACGGGGAACACUAUCUGCUCCUCAACCUAAGUGAGCGGAGGAAUGACAUCACCAAGCUUAACCACAAGGUGCUGGAGUUUGGCUGGCCAGACCAUUAUGCUCCUGCCCUGGAUAAGAUCUGCAGCAUGUGCAAGGCCAUGGACACCUGGCUCAACGCUGACCAACACAAUGUAGUGGUGCUUCACAACAAGGGGAACCGUGGGAGAACAGGAGUGGUGGUGGCUGCCUACAUGCAUUACAGCAACAUAUCAGCCAGUGCUGACCAGGCACUGGACAGGUUCGCCAUGAGGCGCUUCUACGAAGACAAAGCACUUCCUGUGGGUCAACCGUCGCAGAGAAGGUAUGUGCGUUACUUCAGUGGUCUGCUCUCUGGCCACAUCAAGAUUAACAACAAGCCUCUGUUCCUGCACCACGUCAUCAUGCACGGCAUCCCCAACUUCGAGUCCAAAGGAGGUUGUCGUCCUUUCCUGAAGAUUUACCAGGCGAUGCAGCCAGUCUACACAUCAGGGAUAUAUAACGUACAAGGGGACAGUCACACCAGUAUCUGCAUCACCAUUGAACCUGGCCUGCUCCUAAAGGGAGACAUUUUGUUGAAGUGUUACCACAAGCGUUUCCGGAGCCCCAUUAGGGAUGUGAUAUUCAGAGUGCAGUUCCACACCUGUGCCAUCCACGACCUGGGAGUGGUCUUCGGGAAGAAUGAACUGGAUCAGACUUUUAAAGAUGAGAGAUUUCCAGAAUAUGGGAAAGUGGAAUUUGUCUUCUCCUUCGGACCUGAGAAAAUCAAAGGUACAGGAAUGGGCCACCUUGAGAAUGGCCCACAAGUGUCGGUGGACUACAAUACCCAAGACCCCCUCAUCCGCUGGGACUCCUACGAGAACUUCAACAGGGGCUGCGAGGAUACAGGAGAUGGGCUUCAGCUUGGGUUCUGGAGUGAGGGUUCAAGACCGGUCGCUAGCUGCUUGUUGGCCCACCUCAACGUUUCUUCACCAAGGGACGCUGUUCACACCCAAGGCCCCGUCGACGGCAGCCUGUAUGCCCGAGUCCACAAGAAAGAGUCCCUCGAUGGAGUGGUCACAAUCAACGGUCUUCCCGUCCUCGACCACCCCCUAACCAACGCAGACCACACCCCCCAACACCCUAACCACACCCUCCCAAGUUCUGACCGCACCAUCCCGGUAGUGGGCCACGCCUCCCUGCCCGCAGUCGACCACGCCCUGUCGGUCAGCAGCGACUCUGGGAACUCGACAGCAUCCGUCAAAACCGAUCGCACCGAUGACCACAGUCUGUUGCUGCAUGGAGCGGUGAACACCAACCAGAACCACAACACGCCCAUUCAUCCCCCUCUCAGUCCCCAGGAGAAGAGAGAGUUGGACCAGCUUCUGAGUGGCCUUGAGGCCCCCAUGCUCCACCGCCAGACCUACCUGGCUACCUCCACCAGCCCCGGGGGGGCAGUACGCCACCUUGUCCCAGCCCAGGUGCACGUCAGCGGGCAUACCCGGCUCAUUGCAGCCCCCUCCGCCGAAGAGCGUGAGACGGACAUUUUGGACGAGGAGCUGCACAUCAGUCAGGAGGGUAACAGCGUGGACAGUCUGGGAACACUCUCGUCAUUGGAGGGCCAGGCCACGCCCGCAGAGCUGUACUACCAAUCACAGAUACCCAUCAACAGGCAGAACAACGGGCCAUACCUAGAGAAGCUACGGGAGAUGCCGGUGCAUCGGGUACGGACUUCUACGUCGGCACAGGAGCGGAUCAUGGACUCCAGUUCGCCCCAGGAGGAGGAGUACUCUCCUAACAGUUACCAGAACGGGAGUAUGCAGCGUUCCCAGUCCUUCGGGACCCCCGAGCCUGGAGGCCCCAUGCUGCCCAGGGCCCCUGAGAGGAGCACCAGUAGCAGGGAGGCAGUCCAGAGGGGGCUGAGCGCAUGGCACCAGUACAGUCUGCCAGACGACCCCUUCGGUCCUCCCUUACAGAGCACCCACAGUCUGCCCCACUUCCCCCCCACCGCCUCUCAGCACGACAUAGAGCAGUCUAUCGAAGCCCUCGACAUGCUGAUGCUGGAUCUGGACCCACACACAGGACAGGUUCCCAAGUCCUACAGCGCCCCCUCUGGUGAGAACAGAAUCGGAGGGCCAGCCCAGAUCCCCUUCUCCCAAUCUCUGGCCAGGCCGUCCUACCAGGCAGACUCAGCCAUCCAUGGCUAUAACAUUAACUACAAUGCCUUUGGACAGCCUCUGAGGUCGACGGCUGGCCGGGUUUCAACGUCGCCCGUCCAGAGUCCUGUGGCUGAGUCUCCCCUGUCGUAUGUCCCCCCGAGGUCCGCCUCGUACCAGCCCCAUACAAACACCACUCCCAUACACCCCCCCGAGCCCUACCACAUGCACCCAGCCCAGGGGCCUGGUUCCCCCCUCUACCCCUCUGACUCCUCCCCCAUCUUCGGACAGCUCCAGAUGAAGCCCCUGAACUCGUACCCAGGUGGGACGGUGGUGUCCCACUCCCCAGACCGCAAGGGAGGGUCUCCCUAUCAUGGCUACAGCACCUCCUCCUCCCCCCUCCCCAACUCUUCCCCCCUUCUCAAGGAGCCAGAACCUGAGGAGGAGAACCUCAACCUGGAGGGCCUGGUGGCUCAACGCAUCGCUGGGAUGCGUUCCCGUGGGAUGACACCGGAGGAGGCUCAGGAGACCGUCCGCCGUCGGACCACUAGCGAGGGGCACUACCAAAGUGGCAAUGAGGACCCUCCAGCCCACACGGGGGUGCCGGUGCGCUCCCCUGUUCACUCGUCAGACUUCCACAUCCACAACCCUGGAGGAAGAACCAGAGAGGGCCCCAUGCACAGCUACCGCGAGGCGUAUGGGGAUGAUGAUGCUGAUGGUCGGGCUGCUGUCAGUCCUAUGUUCAGCAGUGGUGGUGAGGCCCACCCCCUGACCCCUGCCUUCCCUGUCUCACCUCAGACCCCUUACUUCAACAUGUCCCGUUCUCCUCCAGGCUUGGCCAAAACCCCUCUCUCUGCUUUAGGACUGAAGCCCCACCACCCAGCAAACAUUCUCCAUGGUGGAUCAGACUGUGAAUCUGUAAGCGAUGAGGAGCAAGAUGGCCGUGGUUAUGCUGGACACCCCCUAAAUGAUCCUAUAUCUUCCAGUAGUCCCAUCCACAGCCCAGACGGCAUGAGGAUGACUUCCUCCACUCGUCUCCAGGCUGACUCCGGCUUCCCAUCCCACCCCUUGGAGAGUGCCCAGCACGCCCCCGUUCCAUCCUACGGCCCCCACUCCCCUGAGGGAUCCCAGGUCAGCGUCGUGGGCCCCCUCCACACCGUCCCCGGAAGCCCCAACACUCUCCACCGCACGGUGGCCACCAACACCCCACCAAGCCCCGCCCUCCAGCGCCGCCUGGCAAACCAGGCCAGCCCGGGUCUGGCUCGUCACCCCACAUCGCCCAAUGGAAACAGGGUGCAAGUCCCCGGCAGCCCUGUGAUCCCCUCAAGAGGCUCCAGAACCGCCGCCGUCCCUCCUAGCCCUUUGAUGGGGCGCCACCCGAUGGCCAGUGGACACACUACGCCUGAUGACAGACAGGGGGCACCACCCACGCCCUCCUUCCCAGUGUCGCCCCAGCCGAUGCUUCCAGAGAAGAGGCGGAUGCCCAGUGGAGAGAGGUCCAAUGUGGGGCUGUCGUAUGGGACUCUGGAUGGGAAGACCACCAUACCCACCUUACCCAGUGGAGGCAGCACGCCCAGUGUGUCCACCUCUCACACCCUACCCGACCUCUCCAAAUUCUCCAUCUACGACCAGAGUCCAGACAUCAGGCUGAACGUGAAGUUUGUCCAGGACACGUCUAAGUUCUGGUACAAGCCAGACAUCUCCAGAGAGCAGGCCAUCAGUCUGCUGAGAGACAGGGAGCCAGGGGCCUUCGUCAUCAGGGACAGCCACUCCUUCAGAGGGGCCUACGGCCUGGCCAUGAAGGUGGCCUGCCCACCUCCCACCGCUCAGGCCAACAAGAAAGUUGGUGACAUCACGAGCGAGUUGGUGAGGCACUUCCUGAUUGAGACGAGCCCCAAAGGCGUUCGUCUGAAGGGCUGUCCCAACGAACCCUACUUCGGAUGUCUGUCUGCCCUGGUGUAUCAACACUCGAUGACUCCUCUGGCCCUGCCCUGCAAGCUGAUGAUCCCCAGCAAAGAUCCCAAUGAGGAGGCCCUGGAGCUGGACACUCCCACCGACACAGUGGCCGAGCUGGUGAAACAAGGAGCAGUAGCACAGCAACAAGUCCCCGAGGAGGCCCAUGCAUGCAAUGUUCUUUACAUCAGCUCGGUGGACAUGGAGUCUCUGACCGGACCUCAGGCCGUCGCCAAAGCAAUCAGCGAAACGGUGGCCAUCAACCCGUUGCCCGCGGCAACAACCGUCCACUUCAAAGUGUCGUCGCAGGGCAUCACCCUCACGGAUAGCCAGAGGAAGGUCUUCUUCCGAAGGCACUACCCAAUCAACACUGUCACCUACUGUGACAUUGACCCCCAGGACAGGAAGUGGAGCAAGGAAGGAGGUGGAACGGCAAGACUGUUUGGUUUCGUGGCACGUAAACAAGGAAGCACAACGGACAACGUCAGCCACCUGUUUGCCGAGUUGGACCCCGACCAGCCUGCUUCAGCCAUCGUCAACUUCGUCUCCAAAGUCAUGAGGCGGUGAAACCAACGAACCCCCGGCAGCCAUUCUUUUGUUCUUCCAUUUUUUUUUCUUCGUUUUGGAUUGUGUUUCAUUAUUUUCUUCUGUUCUCUUUGCUUUAUUCUGCGAGAUUUUAUGUUUGAAGGACUUGGAGGUAAUUCAAGAUGGCGCCAGAGGAAGUUGUGGCUGGAGUGGUGACAGUGAUAAUGUGUCUCGAGCUGGUGGAGGAAGAAGGUUUCUUCCACAGGGUAACUGUGGAAGUCCAAGUGGAGGAGCUGUGUGCUAAACUAAGUAUCAGUGGGAGAAAAGGACACUGACAUUUAUCAGGUUUUCGGAUUGAUUUACCAAAGGUAGCACUCAGAACAAGUAUGUCAUAAUUAGACAGUCAGUUUAAGGCGUUGUAGGUUUUCUGUUUUUUUUUUUUUUUUACAAUGGAACAGUUGAUUGAAA